AUGACCAAGAUCACCUCGUACCUGUGCCUGCUGCCGCUGCUCGUCGCCACCAGCGCAUGCGGCUCGCCGAACCCUGUAGAUUCUGGAGGCCCAGCCAUUGUACUUACCUCCGAUACUGGCCGUCAAUCCCCGUCGCACAAGUACCGAUGGGACCUGGGCAGCGGACGCAAUCACCCCUUCUUCACCAUCGGAUCGAACGGCAACAUUUGCGCGAGGAACAUCAACGACUUCCGUCUGGUCAUGGAGGACGGCGCGCCCGCCAACAUCAAGUGCUACCCCGCCAGCGAGGGUUGUCAACUCAUCUCGCAAGAUGAUUGCGCCGAGUUCGGAUCGCUCAACGGCCCCUCUUACAGGAUCUGCAUCUUCAAAGAGGGGAAGCCGCUCGUCGUUAAUCAUGUCAAUACCCUCUGCCUGGUCUCGCAGCAUGACGAGGUCUCGCUUCCCCCGUGGAUCGAACCGGUGCAAGCCAAGUACUAUAGUGACUCGAUCGCCGCCGCGGUCCGGCGUGACGCCAGCAACGAAGCCACAGCGUGGCAUGUUGAAGUCCAAAACAGCGAGGGCGGACCGUACAACCGCAUCCCCUUCGGCCCCUUUGUACCGGCCUGA